AUUACUUGGAGUUUCAACUAGUUGUUGGUUUCUACUUGGUUGGUUCUGAUGGCUCUGGCAUGGGGUGCUGCCGCUGCUCCAUUGUUUUCUCUCCCUAAAAAUCCAAAACCGAGUUUGAGAUUUGGUACAUUCCGAUGCUCAACGAAGCCCAACAACAACGGCAACAACAAAAUAGCGCUCAGGACUUGCAAGAAUUGCAAAACCCAGUUCGAUCCAUCUCUCAAUCACCUCAGGGCUUGUCGAUUUCACACCGCUCAUUUUGGAGGAGAAACAAAGAGGAAGUUUGAGAGUGUGUACACGGGGGGCACCAUGAGUACUCCCAACUCUGGCAAAGUUGUUCAAUACUGGCAUUGCUGUGGGUCUGAAGAUCCCUUUGACCCUGGAUGUACCGCUGCUCCUCACUCCUCCUAUGAUGACUGAGACCGAUCCUUUCUAAUAUGCAGUUGAUUCUCAAUUUCAUGUUGUAAAGAUUACACAACUAUCACAUCUUAAAUGACCACUGUCUUUUCUUCUCAAAAAAAAAAAAAAAAUGACCACU